CAUAUUCAUGCUUGAUUUGCUUUCGACUAUCCGGGUUAUUAUCCAGGUUCCCUCAUCAAAUCUGUGAAACGCUCCCGACACGAGCCAUCCCAUCUUUAGAUAGAAGUUACUUGGUGUUUCCAGCGUCGACUUUCACUAAGCAAUUUCUCUCAGUGGGAUAAGGAGUGUAAUGGUAUCUUGCUAUCCUAUCACUUAACUUUUCUUUCGCUCUAUCGUACUGGCCGAGCACUAGUAUAAUUCAAAAUGAACCGCUUCAGGACCAAGAAGAAGACCAAGGAUGACACUUCGACGCCUAGGCCUUCGCAGGAUUCCGAGUCGUCUAUGCCGUUCCGGCCGUUUAGGAAAGGGAAGAAGACUCAAGAACCGGAGAAGUUCGAGAUCGAUAUCUCGUCGGCCCUACCAUCCAACGAUGACUUUCGCACGAGCUUAUUGAUGACCGGUCUCUCGGCCCGGUUCUCCAUGUUACGGGAACAGGAUGACCCGAACACCAAGAUCGGCAAGGCCAGUGAUGACAGCGUUCUCUUCCCUAAGCGACAAUCCAAGUUGGAUUUUGGGGGUUUCCGCGGUUUGGGGAAUAUCGCCGAAGUUGAAUCGAUCAGAGCCGCAGCUCCUUUCGCCAGGAAAGCCUCCUACAAUUCGGACGAUGCAGACUCGUUGAAGGCUAGCAGUGUCAUGGGACGUUCCAAACCGACCGAGGGUAACAACCUUUUUGGCGGGCGCCAGAAGAUUUAUAAGAUCCCGGUUGGUACCAACUCAUCGAAAAAUCUCGAUGGCAUGAGCGGCCGGGCGUUGUAUGACGACGACGUAGCCUUGUCCGCUUUCCAGAGGUGGAGAGCAGCAGAAAAGGAACGAAGAUCCUCUGAAGAAGGGAGGGAAGACAACGAAGAAAUGAAUUCCGGCUACGUAGAUGCAGAUCCUGUUCGUGUGGACUCGCCAGUAUUCAGUAAUUAUGACCAAAAAAGAGAAACGUCUUCGACGACAUCAUCCGUUCCAUCUUUAGCUAGGAACUCGACCGCCGCAACAUCAAUAGCAUCUUCCCAGCAGGCUCCUUCGUUAAAGGAUUGGCAGCCAUCAACUAAUUCCACCUCUACGAUAGACAGGAGUGUGACACGCACAAGAAGGCUUUACGAGUCUGGACUUCAUAACGAUCUCCACGAGCAGCAGUCUUCAGCGCUUUCCCGCAUUGACACCCUCGCGCGGCAGCGUACUUUUGGUGCGCACACGCCAGAUUUUGCUCAUAAUUCUCCAUCACCGACAACUCUUGGGUUUGCGGAUAGGUUAAGCAGCGAUAGAAAGAUUUUGGCAAAAUCCAGUGCGCCAAACCUACGAUCAUUAAGCCCCUCGGCAACUUCUUCCCCUACCGGAACCCCGGACUUAGGUGCCCGCGUGCCCAGCGCGACUGAACUACGGUCGAACUUUGGGGGAGCACCUCCGCUAAGUCCCCCGAUUAGCGAGACGGGAGACAAUUCGAUGCUUCAAAUUCAUCCCAACGAUCGAGGAAAAGCCACCGCACUUGGAGUGUUCCAGAAGCCCCUACAACCGUAUGACGAGUCUAGAUACGCCCAGCGGCAAUUGCAGCGACAACAAGGACGGGAAACACCUACGCAAGGCCCGUCUUCGAUAACUAAUAGAUCCAGCUCGUCAUCAUCCGGAACAAGAAAGGAACUGGAACCUAAGGUCUACGCACCUUCGGCGGAAACUGAAUCUACUUCAGUUGAGGCCCCAACGUCAUUUUUAUCCGAUCCUAACGACUCGGAUUGCUCUCCCGUUGCAUCACCUAAGCCAGUCACAUCUCCAAACGGCUUGUUGAGACGGCCAUCGGAUCGCGAACACCCAGCUCUUCGUGAUUCCGCCAAGUUGGCAGAAUCCGAUUCUCAAUUUGCUUUCGAAGAGAACUUAUCGGCGUCGCCCAAUUCGAAAAGCGUUUCGCCUGCGGACUCACCUACUCUUGGCCCUGCUCCAGGUGCUGGCCUAAGCGGCAUGGUGAGACAACAUUUACGAGGUGACAGCAAUGCUUCGUCAAUUUACGGCAUGGCUCCUGGCACGUCGGGUCUAGAAUCACGUUUUCCCAACGUCCCAGAGAACGGGCAAGAAUCGAGAGCGAACGUGAACUCGUGGGGUUUACCUGAGUCGGGCCGAGAUUGGACAUUAGAUUUGGAUGUCAAUGAGCCAAUGAUGGAUGUACAAUCCCGAUCAUCCAAGGUAUCUACCAUCGCAGAAUUUGCGGUUGAAAACACCAGCACCGUUGCCCGCGACGAUGGGGACGAAUUUGCCAGUCAGUUGGCAGAUAGGGCACGCCGCGUACGUGAACGGCUGACUAGCUUUGUCGAAGCUGACAGCCGUUCUACCUCGCCUCGUCGGUCGGAAGAGCCGGCAGAUGGGAAGGAUAGUCUAGGUUCUCUGCGGCUAAAGAGUAGCCGGGGGUCGUUAGCCGACCGCGGUCGGGACUCACCUAAGGCUAUGAAGAUGCUUGGUCUUGGAGCUUCAAAUAGCCCAGGGCGAGAGCCUAGUGAUUCAGAGCAGCAACCUGCAGACAAUGAUACCCACGCUGGACUUCGAGCAUUUAUGCAAGCGAAGCGUGAAUUACAAAAGCUGAAGGAAGCGGACUUGGAGGGUAGACAUCAAACACAAACUCCGGAUCUGGCCCUAAACACGGACUCCCAACGGUCUACACCAUCAAGACAGCAUACUCCUGGUCCACGAUCUCCUGAGCGAGAACGAAAGCCACCGCCGGUAUUUUACCAGCAGCGGAAAUUUAGCGAAGAUCGAAGAGAAGCUCCAACUCUUGGAUCCAAAGGACAGUUCAAGACCGACCGUGAUCGGAGUGGCUCUGACUCCAGCAAUGACGGACGAUCAAAUACACGGCCCAUGCGGAAUCUUCACGUCGGCCCGAAUGGAAGCGCACCGCAUCCUCCAAUACGCUCACCGGGCCUUCCCGGUACAAAUAUUAAAGGGUCACAAAUUAUGCCACCGCAACCAUAUCCAGGAUCUAAGCACUCUAACGUUGCAGCGACCGGCAAUCUCCGCGUACAGACGUCUCGUGGUUUCGAGUCAAGUCAAGCCUCGCCUAUCUCUCCUAUGCCUUCGCCGUUUAGCCGCAACGCGCCGAAUUCUGCCGUGCUACCUUCUCCCCGCUCGGAAGCUUCUCCGAAUCGCGGCUUCGAUAAUGCCAGUCCUAUUACCAGCGACAGCACAAGGCGCAAGAUCAAAACAAAAGACAUCUCGGACCCUACAUUCGUCAUGUCAACUUCACAAGUCCCAACCGUAGCCCUGGCGGAUGCACCGCAGGCAAUAUCUCGCAGCAACAGCCGGGUCGCCCCUCCUUUACCUCCCAUCAACCCAAGACGAAGACAGGAUUUUUCGAACACUCGAGCCGUCUUCGAUAACUUGAGCCGACGUAGUGGUAAUGGCGCAGAGGUGGAAGUUCUUGACCGCAAACGCCUUCGGCCCGUGCCAUCCGAUGCUGCAGGGCCUCAAUCAAGGACCGCGAACGGUCCUCCUAUCAACGGUAGUCUUGCCGCAUCUAGAAGAGGCGCGACCGAGGGUAACAAAAGUCCUGGCAUGGGAUUGCCGGGUGGUAUGAUUUAGCUGAAAACAACACGCCCAAAUCUUUUUCUUCAGAACUUUAUUUAAUACCAAGCCAUCCACGGGGGCUACCCUUUGAGCAUUCACGAAAUAUAACGAGAUACCAAUUUUCAGAUUCUUUUAUUCCUUCGUCAUGACGUUUUCGGGCGGUUGUAUAUCUUGUAAAUUUAUGUUUGCCCUGGGCGUCACGCAUUUCUGUUUUCUUCGUGGUGGAUGAGUUUACAUAUUGCUUGCUUGUCGGGCUGGCCUCGGAGUUAAAGCGGGAAGGGGGAAAGAAAUUAUCUAAUCAGCAAAAGCAGGAAUGGAGGCGUAUAAAACGUAGCUUUGAGACACCAUCGCAAUGGAAGGUAUUUAUAUUGGUAGCAAGUCCAAGGCGUCAGAUUAGACACAUUGGCAGGGUAGCAGAUAUUAUAGCAGUCAUGUUGUAAAACAGUUAGUCUAUACAAACCAGGUGAUGGGGAGGGUCGCGAAUAUAUUUGAUAUCUAUGAGCGAUCUGAUUAUAGUUUCACGUUUGUCGAAAAUUGUAUCGUGUAUAUUACAUAAAGCCCUGGGCUUGAGUCAUCUUAAUUUGUCUGGAUAGCUUUUAUUAUCAUCUCUUUGUACACCCGUCGAAAUA